GAAGCAACCAAGAAAAUCCCCACCCGUGUGACUUUCUCUUCCUCCACGGCUGGGCCUCAUCCUUCUCCCUCCCUGCCGCCUUGGAGCUCCGGCGCCCCGCACUCCGUCUUGCCGGCCAGCGGCGGCUCUGGCAGGCAGCGCAAAGCCACCAGAUUCAUGGCCAAGUACGGUGCCCGUAAGGACGCCGCGCAAGUCCGGCCAUCGGCCACCUCGCCGCCGCCACAGCACUCCCCCGGCGCCACAGCAAGCUCGUUCGCCAGCCGCUCUCCACAGCUUCUCUUCUACCCCGGCGCCCCGACAAGAUCCUCGGCCAGCCCCUCGACACCGCCACACCUAUACCCGCCUCUCAUGGAAUCCUCCUCAGCCAACCCUACAUGGAGGCCGAUGUAUACCUCUGCACCUGAAGGCCUGCUAAGUUUUGGACAAGUACCGCCCAUGAAUCCUUACAAUUUUCAACCUCAGCCAAUGCACCAUCAUGAACAAGGAUACCAAAAUAUGGAGAAUUUGCACUUUGUUGGUGCUUCCCCACAUGAUCCCUUUUCAACACCACCGCCACCACCGCACUCUAAUGUUUCAUCUCAGUCUGCUCCCACCAAAGUUGAUUCAAAGAAAAAGAAAAGGAAGGUCAAGAGUGUAGAUGCCGACGAAUCGGGAGCAAGGACCGCAUAUCGUCUGCCCUAUACACCCGAGGAACAUGAGAGACUGGCAGGUGCUUGGCUGGAGUGUUCACUCAAUCCCAUUGAUGGGAACGGAAAGAAGUCUGAGCAGUUUUGGGAUGACAUUGCUGCUCUAUACAAUACUGCCACACCAAGUAACCGCACAAGUUGUUUGCGAAACAUCAAGAGGGAGCAAGAAAGGACGUGGAACGUGCAUUUGGUGUGUUGUAGGCGUGAUGGUUUAUUUUACGGCUUCCGGCACGUUUAUAUGAACGGGGUGAUCUCAAUAAUAUUAUGUUGGCAUGCAUCAUUCUACACAACAUGAUAGUCGAUGAUGAACAAGAAGAGGCGGGAAAUAUUCUUGAUUUGAAUUAUGAAGCAGGCUCAUCGAUUGCCCUUCCUUCGGUAUUUACUCAUGGUGACAUACCAGAAUUUGCCGAGGUACUUGAAAGAGAUGUUAGAGUUCGUGAUCGUCCAACGCAUAAGGCUCUUAAAAAUGAUUUGAUUGAGCAUAUAUGGAGAAAGUUUGGGCGCGAAUAGAUUAUAUCCAAGUCUUGAUCGAUGUAUUGCUAAAUAUGUUCUAUAUAUUUCAAUAAUAUAAUAUUAUACUUUAUUAUUUGUUAUGAUC